CUAAGCCCUACAAGCCAGUCGGCAGGCUUGGGGAGAAAGACCAACAACGAAUUUACUGGAACAGCUGCCGUAUGAGGAACUAGUCUUUUCGCCAGGGACUUUCGUAGAGGGAGGUUAAAUACCGAUGAAGGAAACACAGUAAUUUUCUCUUCUUCAGGAAAACCGUACUGAUUGCUUUUUCAGUUAUUUGGUUUAAAAACACAAAAAACAAUGAUUUCCAGUCAGGAGCGGUUACUAAUAUGUGCCGUGUUUUUUGUAACAUGCGUUACGGCACAAUGGACAACGUACGAUUUCGUAAAAGUAGAGACGUUUCUUAUCUCAACACAAGCUAAUAUCAAGCGAUUAUUUGAUAUCAUUCAAAAAGAAAAAGUAAAAAUGUACGGUACAAAUACUCUAAAUGGAUCAAUUCCGGCCAGUGGAGGAAUGGCCCUGGCUUACGGAUCGUUCUUUGAGGACGUGGAAAGGCGGUUAGCGGACAUUGAAAACUCUACAAAAGAGUUGAGCAUUUACAUGCGAGUAUGUCCGGAUGCACCAUUGGCUCCCCCCAAACCACAUAACGUUUUAACAGAAUCAAAAACCGUCGAUGGAAUCUCUACAAUAAUAAUCAGCUGGGAUCCGUUAACUGUAAUUCCGGAAAAUCUCCAAUACAAGGUAUACUUCCAGCCUCUCGAGAUUGAUGGAUCAAUCACACAGCCAGAAGUUGUUUUUAGAAUUUGCGAUGCCUCCCAAACGUCUGCUUCUAUCACAGAUUUAACACCGAAAUCACGGUAUCGGAUACGAGUAGCGGCCGUAGAUGGACAAGUUGUCGAGUCAAACACUAUACCGGAAGUUAUACACACACCGGAUGUCAUUCCAUCUCCGCCUGUCAACUUGAAAGGUACACCAUUGGGUCCGAACUCCAUUCGUCUGGACUGGGAUCCGCCACAUAUUAGGGGAGAUAUCCUUCAGUACAGCGUCAUGAUACACGACUCUUUCACUAUGAAGAAUCAAACCGUCGAUAUUCGACCUGCUGUAAACUACCUCAAUGCUGUAGACUUGACAGAAGGAACAACUCACGAAUUUAGUGUCACUGCCUAUUCUGACAACGGAGAGUCCGACCCAUCGGAACAGUUUAUGGUCUCAACAUCGCCGUUUAUUCCUCCGGAAGUAAUGAACCCGAAUGCUGAAGCAUAUAACACUACUACUAUUCGAGUAACCUUUGCUCCUCCGGAUACCGUUGAGGGCAAAAUCCGAGGAUACCGAGUGCACUACACGGAUUUUCUUGCAGAACCGGAAGAGGGUGAAGUGGAAACAAAUAACCCCACGGCUAACGAAAUGUGGGUACACAAUCUCCAACCAAAUAAAGAUUAUUACUUCGCAAUUACAGCGUUUACCAGGCGUUCAUCCAGUUUCCCGACGAGUUACGUUGCAACUAAAUCAAAGGCUGCAGUGCCAAGUCAAGUAAGGAAUGUCCGCUGUCGUACGCUUAGAACGGAUCCACCAAUGAUCCAGCUCCGAUGGGAACCUCCUCUUCAUAUGUACGCCGUCAAAAAACCAGAGUACCAUAUUAUGUGGGGUGUGAAAAACGGUGUUUUCAGAAACGAGACGAUCAGAAACAUGUCUGUAUCCUGGAACUCCGAUUACCUCGACGACGACUUGCUUCACAGAUUCAUUAUUGCUGCUAAAAACGACAAAGGCAUAGGAAACGAGGUUGAGGUCCAACUUAGAACACCUAAACGAGAAUUCGACACACCCAAAAACAUCAAGGUAGGACGGAUGAAGAAAGGAAACACCACACUGUUGGCAGUUUCCUGGGAUGCAAUGCCGGUUCAAGUGAUGGGAUUCCGAGUGUUACACAGAGUGUUUCAGUGGAUUUAUCAAGGAAGAUGGACAAUUACUGAAGUUCCUAAUCCAAAUGCAAGGUCGACGACUAUUCCAAUAACUGAUCCAACCUUGUCAUAUAUAGUAGUCGUUAGGGCUAAAUUAUUAAAUAGUAGGCGGCAAGGACGCCUAAAACAGAGAGAGGAUGUAAUGAAAUGCAAAUACAUUUUCCACAAAGAUAAAAACGCCGGUGCAACUAGUGCCCUAGAUGGUCCAUCAGGUGGUGGAAUGGACGUCCAGGGGGGUGGUAUGGGUGGUGACCAAGGAAUGGGAGGAGGUCAAAACCUAGGCGGAAGUGGUCAAGGAAUGGGCGGCGGUCAAGGUAUGGGAGGCCAAGGAAUGGGAAGCCAGGGCAUGGGUGGUGGCCAAGGAAUGGGAAACCAGGGCAUGGGUAGUGGCCAAGGGAUGGGAAACCAGGGCAUGGGUGGUGGCCAGGGAAUGGGAAACCAGGGCAUGGGUGGUGGCCAGGGAAUGGGAAACCAAGGCAUGGGUGGUGGCCAAGGAAUGGGAAACCAGGGUAUGGGUGGUGGCCAAGGAAUGGGAAACCAGGGUAUGGGUGGUCGCCCAGGAAUGGGUAAUCAGGGUAUGGGUGGUGGCCCAGGAAUGGGUAACCAGGGUAUGGGUGGUGGCCAGGGGAUGGGAAACCAAGGCAUGGGUGUUGGCCAAGGGAUGGGAAACCAAGGCAUGGGUGGUGGCCCAGGAAUGGGAAACCAGGGCAUGGGCGGCGGUCAGGGCUUGGGUGGCGGACUGAGUAUGGGUGGUGGACCAGGAAUGGGAGGCAGUCAGGGCAUGGGAGGUAGUCAGGGCAUGGGAGGUAAUUUCCAGAGAAUGAAUGGCAUGAUGGGUGGUAACAACCAAGGAAUGGGUGGCAUGGGAGGUGAUAUACAGCCCCCAACUAGAAUGCCGGGUGUAGGAGGUGGCAUGAGUGGCAUGGGUGGUGGCCAGGGAAUGGGUGGUGGUCCGGGUAUGAGUGGCAUGGGUGGGAACCAAGGGAUGAACAAUAAUCAAGGAAUGAGUGGCAUGGGACCCGGUCCAGGAAUGGGAAGUGGAAUGGGUAGUAAUCAAGGAAUGGGUGGCAUGGGAGGCAGCCAGGGAAGUGGUCCGGGGAUGGGUGGUAACCAAGGAAUGGGAGGAGGCCAGGGCUUUCAAGGAAUGAAUGGCAUGAUGGGAGGCAUGGGUGGUGAUAUUCCCCCAACUAGAAUGCCGGGAGUAGGAGGUGGAAUGAGUGGUGGUAACCAAGGAAUGGGUGGAGGUCAAGGAAUGAGUGGUAUGAGUGGAGGUCAAGGAAUGGGUGGAAUGGGACCCGGUCAAGGAAUGGGAUCCGGUCAAGGAAUGGGACCCGGUCAAGGAAUGGGACCCGGUCAAGGAAUGGGACCCUGGUCAAGGAAUGGGACCCGGUCAGGGAAUGGGACCUGGUCCGGGAAUGGGGAGUGGACCCGGUAUGGGCGGUAACCCAGGAAUGGAUGGUAUGGGAGGCGGCCCGGGAAUGGGAGGCAUGGGAAGCGGUCCAGGAAUGGGAAGUGGCCAAGGAGGAAUGGGAGGAAUGGGACCCGGUCAAGGAAUGGGUAGCAACCAGGGAAUGAGUGGAAACCAAGGAAUGGGCGGCAUGGGUGGCAAUUUUCAGGGUGGUAAUAACAUGAUGGGAGGUCCAAAUCAAGGAAUGGGAGUUGGUAACCCAGAUCUUCCACCACCAACACAAAGACCACCGGGUAUGGGCGGCAUGGGAGGAAACCAACGAUUUGGAGGAAUGCCGCAAAACAAUCCGAUGACAGGACCAAUGGGCAGUAACCAAGGUCCACAACAAAAUCCAAAUAAUCCAAGAAGGCAACAGAAUACGCGAAGAAUACAACCCAGGGGAAAUGCAAGACGUUUUAUGAGGAACACGAAUUUACCAUGAUGGGAAAACAAUGUAAAACAUGUCUCCCAAGGCGGAAAGGGAAGUUAACAUUGCAUAUUGAUAAAACAUACGAUACUUCGAGGUAUCGAAUGGACCAUGCAUGCGUUGUCCUGCGAUCCGAAUGACUGAGGUUUCCGUAAACAAUCAUAUAUCACAAUGUCGGAUGGUGCUUUACGAAUACUUUCAAGCAAAAAAAAAAAAAAAAGACGCAUGGCAAAUUUUACGUGUUUCAAAAUAUUAAGAUAUAGGAGUAUUUAUUAGUUGAGCUAUUUAAAUAAUGUGACGAGUAUUAUAGUGCUAUCUAGUGGUUCACGUUAAUACAAACAUACAUCAUUAAAUUACAAGUCUGAUCAAAAUAUGACAACAUUAAUUUAAUAUCUUUCCUGUUACUACUAUUUUCAUAUUGUUAUAAUAUAUUGUUAGAGAUUAUCACGACAGUAUAUCGUAUAGCACUUUAAUGGUCAGAUUAGAUAGAAUAAACAAAUAGUAUUAGAAAACAUUACGUACAUUGUAAGUGACACCGUUUUAUACAGUUGAUGUUAUAAUGGCGUCUUCUUUUGUAUUACCUCAUGCGCUGACAGCCAUUAGAACGUCAUAAUUAGGAUAAUGGACAUAACGUCAAAGUAUAAUGACGUCAUUUUAACUACAAAGAGACAUGACGUCAAAAAGACUACAUUUGUGACUAAGGAAUGGUUAGAAAACAAUGACAUUCAUCACAGACAUUUACAUACAUUCUUUAAUAAAAGUUAUAUGAAA